AUGAUUGAUCAAGUCUUGCCUGCAUCAUGUGACCUCUUGCCCUCCACUGUGCUGAUGUUCAGGCUUCUGAGCAUGCCCAGUAAGCAAUGUGCUGUGAGUGCAGUGAUGGCCUGGGGGGUAUUCCCUGUCUGUGACUGCUCUCUAACCCUUAUCCAAGGUAGAUUUCGCACUCCGCUGCUUCGGGGUUGUCCCAACUCAGCUAUAGACCAGUUCAGUAAAAUAGAGCAGCUGCUCUCUGCUGACCUGGACAACUGGCUCUGCAACCUUUACUUCCAGGUGAGGAAACUCCAGCAAAGGGAUCAAAGGGUUCCAGAGGGCAGUGCUAAUGAAGGCACCAAUGAAGAGCCUCUUCCUGCUAUAUGUACCUCUACUUGCUCCUCUACCUCGCUAACAGGUAAGAGUCCUGUUGGAAGUCUCCCUGUCUUAGAGCCGGCAUCACAGAAAGCUAAACCUGGAACACAAACCAAGAAGCAGCCAUUCAGCAAGAUAACCAGCCAAAGUGGCUGUGGGAGAGAGAGAGAUGUACAGACGAGUAUCAUCACAGAACUUCAACACUUCUCCUUCUCCCUACAAUCUCAGCGAGCUGCUCCGUGCUACAGCAUUGUGUGCUGUGGUCCAGCAGAGCGGUUGUGCAUGGUAUGGCGUAUGCUUCCUGUAGAGCUUGGUCUAUCUGGGAGUCCUCGGCCCAGUUUCGGCCAAGUCACACUCCUCGUCACCCUCAUCAUCCUCACUUGGUUUCCCCGCCUUUAUCUGCACUACUGCAGCCAGUGGCUCUACCUCCAUGCUAGAAAUAUACCUGUCAACAGGUUUCGCUUCCAUGCCCACACAGUGGAUUUGGUAUAUCAGAGCUCUCUCCUGUGCACCCUGGAGGAGCUGCUGCUGGUGUUGUUGGGGCCCUUGACCUUGAAUGCAGCUAUGUUUCUGCUGCUUCUGAUCAGAUGGCUCUGUCAGCUAGUGUUUGGCUCAACUCCUUCCUUCCUGUCAAAGCUGAUCAUGGCUCUGGGAGUGUGGACAGUGCUUGACCCUCUGGCAGUGUUCACUGUGGAUGCUGUCCUUGGGCGUCUGUCUUACAGUGCAGAAAAGCCUGUGGCCGACGCUGCUAAGCUUUACUGGCACUUCCAUCGUUUGGAGCAGUCAGGCACAGCAGGCAUUCUCAUCACCCUUUUCCUGUAUACCGUCUUCUUCAUUGUGUCCUUCACCAUGCUCUACAUAUACUUCCUCAGGUUCCUUAAUGAUGGCAGAAUGCUGGAUGUGUAUCUUCGUCUCCACAGUCAAGAGAGAGCAUUUUUUAUCCCAGAUGAUUUUGAAGUGUCCAACCAGGAGCUUAGUUACAUUGUAAAGAAGGCGGAGCAAUGGAGAGGUUUCAGUGGGGAGAGACGAAAGGUGGCAGUGUAUGAUUACAUCUGGACCCGGGAAGAGUCUGGAGGAUGCGAAUCCCCUGGGGUUAUACCCACUGUAGUGGGAGAGACGAGCACCCAUGUAUCCAUCUACACGCUGUACCUGUGCGGCCUGCGUCAGCGCUACAGACACUUCCUCAGGCAGCCCAGUGGAGCUAUCGUAGAGCUCAUCGGAGAAUUGGACAGUGUGGCUGUUCAUCAGAAUGUCCAGUGUCAGAAGACAGAGCAGAAGGAAGUCAACAGAAGGAUGAAGAGGAUGAAGAGCUCAACACAUUCACUCAGAGAAAGGAAUCCUGUAUGGCGCUGUAACAGGGUGGGACCUCUCAUUGGAAGUUCCUGUGAGCCUAACACAACAGUGAAGGAUCACAGAGGCUGAAGUUGCUUUACAGGAAACCACAUGAGAAUCUAAGUGAACAGUCAUACAUGUGAAAGGUGUGAAAAUCUCAAAUACAAACUCAACUGACACAACAACAUUUUUAGCAGUGUGCUACUCCUACAACUGAUUAUCAGCUUAAUUUCAAGGGUUACAAUGAUGUAUUUAUGUAUUAGUGUAUGAUGUAUAAUGCAUUAGUGCUGACUAAUAUAUGCUAUGCCCCAACAUAUCCUUAUAUAUUAUAGAUAAUGUUUUCAUCUUUUCUGCACCAAAAAAGAUAUGCUAAAUAUUCUUUGUAGUAGACACCCAGAUCUGUACUAUAUUUAAACAUUUAGCUUCCUUUUAACUGAAAACAUAGAAAUCCUACAGACACCAAACAUCUAAACCUGCAUUUACAGUCUGUUGUGGACAUUAUAAUCAUUAUAAAGAAAAAAAAAAAGCAUUCCAUUAUGAAAUAAAUGCUGGUUAUUGCAUCCUCAUUGCUGCCUCCACAUUGUGAGAAAUUUGGAUCCUAAAAGUCACUUAUCAGCAGCCAGUGAUAAAAUAUCAAUAUUGGGAACCCAUUAGGCAGGAUAAUAUUCCAGCUGCCUUGAUUUGUAUUGAGUAUGUGUCUGCUGGCCAGGGCUUUGAUGAAAUGAACUGGCCCACAAAUCAGGCCUUAAUGGGAGCCUACUUAUACAUACAGCUUAAUUAAAGGUUGUGGGCUUAUUAACAUGUGUCUGAGAGAUGGAGACCUGCUCUUGCACUGAGCCAGGUUGUAAAGGUUUUAUAGAUAACAUAUCAUUAUUAAAGCCUAUCGCUUAAUAUUGGAUCUUAAUAACCUGUCAUUUUGAUGAUGAUUCUGAUGAUGAUUCUCUUUAUGGCAAGUCAUUAUGGCUUGAAGUUGCAGCUGGAUUGGAGUGUGUGUGUGUGUGUGUGUGUGUGUGUGUGUGUAUGUGUAUGUAUGUGUGUGUGUGUGUGUUUGUGUCCGUGUGUGUGUGUGUCGGGCACAGGUAUGAAGUGAUCAGGAACUGUGGUCCCCUCUGCAGUCAUUACAUUCUUAUGGCCAUUGCUGCUUUUAGAGGAUUAGAGGAGAUUCUUAAGGAGUUGUUUAUUAGGCUGAUGCUCUAGAUACAGACUCACUUCCAAGUGAAAGGACUUCUGUAUUGUAAAUACAACAUCAUUUUUGCAUUUUGUUCUUCAUUAAUUUAUCAUUAAUUUAAUUUUCAUGAUUUUAUUUCUCGACAUCCGUGUUUGACAGUUUUUACAUGACCAAAA